GAAUCUGAACGAAAUCACGAAUUGGCAUGGCGGACGAUAAUUCUCUCGUUCUAAAACCCUAAAUCGACGCGCCCAGGAGUCUCGACUCGCGUGCCUGCGACUGUACUCCUUGCCUUCGCUCUCGUGCCCUACUUCGUCCGAUUACCCGGCGGCUCUCUCUCUUCGAGAUCAAUCGCCGCUUGACCGCUGAUUCUGCGAGAACUGUUUGUCUUCUUUGGCAAGUGAAUUUCUUGAAUUUGAAUAAAUUGGUUGAGAAUGAGGUCGAAUGUUGCAAAUAAUGCUGAUCAUUCUUUGGACGAAGUAGCAUUGCUAAUGCUGGCAGGAAUCGAGGAAAGCUGGAAGAGUUGUGAUGGCGGUGGAAGCAAUGCGAUUAUUUUACCGGGGAAGAAAAAGAACAAAUUGAAAGUAAAGAGCAAUAAGGCCAAGAAGAAGGAAAUUCAAACUCUGAGCAAAUCCAAGCAAAGGAAACUGAGACAAUUGGAGGAGGAGAGGCAAAAGAAGUUGUUGCAAGAAAAAAGCAUUAAAAUUUUGGAGGAGCACAAGAUUUGGGAUGGUGCAUAUUCUCUUUUGCAUUCUUCAGGAACUAUAGGUCGAGCUGAGACUUUCAAGGAAAGACGAUUUCGUGCUGUACAAAUUUCCAAAGCAGGUCUGGAGGUGCCUGAAGAUAUAUUGCCAUUUAAGGGAAACCACCAUCCAAAUGUCUUUAAUGAUGAUGAAGCCGCCUUGGAAGUUGAUCCUAUUCAAAGCCUCCGAAAUGAUGUUGGUGUUGACAUCACUCUCCCAGAAAAAUGUAUGAAAAUAGAUGACAACAAUCAUAACUUGUCUAUUGAUGUUCCAUUGCCCUCUCCAAAAGUUAGGGAAACUAACAUGAGUGCUUCAGUGAUAGCGGAUCAGAAAUGUUCAUCAACCACCGCUAGCUAUGAUGGUUAUGACAAUCUUGCACAGGAUAAUAUGCUAGGGUAUUCAGAUAAGAAAUACCAAGAAAUAGAAGGCAUUACUGAUUUGACUGUUCAGGAGCAUGUUAAUGCUACCACUGUGGUCCAUAUAUCACGGCCACGUGAGGUUGAAGAACACAGAAAAGAUCUCCCAAUAAUCAUGAUGGAGCAGGAGAUAAUGGAAGCUAUUAAUGAGCAUUUUAUUGUAAUUUUAUGUGGAGAAACAGGAUGUGGUAAGACUACACAGGUUCCUCAGUUCUUGUAUGAAGCUGGCUUUGGUUCAAGUCUUCGUAGUGAUAGAAAAGGAAUAAUUGGAGUGACCCAACCACGGCGUGUUGCAGUUCUUGCCACUGCCAAGAGAGUGUCAUUUGAACUAGGACUUGGUCUUGGAAAGGAGGUUGGUUUUCAAGUUAGGCAUGACAAGUUGAUUGGGAAAACCUGUUCCAUCAAAUUCAUGACUGAUGGCAUUCUGCUUCGAGAAGUUCAGAGUGAUUUCUUGUUAAAGCGGUACUCUGUGAUAAUCCUUGAUGAGGCUCAUGAGAGGAGUUUGAACACUGAUAUACUUAUCGGCAUGCUUUCUCGAAUAAUAAAACUUCGCCAGAAAUUAUAUGCUGAGCAGCAAGAGAAGAUUUUAGCAGGAGAAACAAUAAGUCCUGAAAACAUGGUUACUCAGUUGAGGCUUGUGCUUAUGAGUGCUACUUUACAAGUUGAGGACUUCAAUUCAAACAGGAAAUUGUUCGAUCAGAACCUACCUGUUCUAGAGAUUCCAGUCAGACAAUUUCCAGUGACAAUUCACUUCUCAAAGAGGACUUGUCAGGAUUACUUGGGACAAGCUUAUAAGAAGGUCAUGGCCAUCCACAAGAGGCUACCACCGGGUGGCAUACUUGUGUUUGUCACUGGACAGAGAGAAGUUGAGUUCUUAUGCAGGAAGUUACGUAAAGCAUCACAACAACUAACUAAAAGGUGUUCAAUAAAACAGCCAGACAAUGAGUUGACUGCAGGCUUAGAAGCAAAUAUGAAGGAAAUCAAUGAAGCCUUUGAGAUGGAAAAUGAUUUGCCUGAUCAGCAAACUGACAGAUUCAGCUCUUAUGAGGAUGACAAUCAUUCAGAUGUUUUUUCUGUUUCAAGUGGCUCAGGAACAGAGAGUGAUCUUGAUUCCGAAAGUGAAAAUGAAGACACAGUCAAGUUGGAAGCACCGGAGAAGACUGGUUUGUUGUUAGAUUUUCUAAGAGAUGUUGGGAGCCUCUCUUCAUUGAAGGCUUCUUUUGAUGCUUUAUCAGGGAAUUCAUCUGAACCUAAUUGCCAUGUGGAACCAAGUUUUCCAGUUGCUUCUGACUUGGAAAAUCAUUCCGAAUCCAGUUCUCUUUCUGCUGGCCCAUUGUACGUUUUGCCUCUUUAUGCAAUGCUGCCUGCUUCUUCACAGCUUCGUGUGUUUGAAGAGGUACCUGAAGGAGAAAGACUUGUGGUGGUAGCUACUAAUGUGGCUGAGACUUCUCUGACCAUCCCUGGUAUAAAGUAUGUAGUUGAUACUGGCAAAGAAAAGAUCAAGGACUACAACCAUUCGAAUGGGAUGGCGACAUACGAAGUUAGUUGGAUAAGCAAGGCAUCAGCUGCUCAGCGUGCAGGUAGGGCAGGGAGAACUGCACCAGGACAUUGUUACCGCCUAUAUUCAUCUGGAGCCUUCAGUAAAGAUGAGAUAUUCCCAAAAUUUUCCUGCCCUGAAGUAUCCAAAAUUCCAGUUGAUGGUGUUGUCCUUUUAAUGAAGUCAAUGGGUAUUGAUAAGGUUUCAAAUUUCCCGUUUCCAACUCCUCCCAACUCAGAAGCUUUGCUGGAAGCUGAACAUUGCUUGAGAGCCCUUGAAGCUCUUGAUCUUCAAGGUAGACUUACACCAAUGGGCAGAGCAAUGGCACAGUAUCCCAUGAGUCCUCGUCAUUCUCGAAUGCUUUUAACAGUUAUUAAAAUUAUGAGGAAUCAGAAAGGCUAUGCCAGGGCGAAUCUUGUUUUGGGAAAUGCUGUUGCUGCUGCAGCAGCAUUAAGCUUUCCAAACCCUUUCAUCAUACAAUUUGAGGGGAAUCAAAGGACCAAUAAUGAUAUGGAUCUAGGAGAGACAUUGGAUACCAAGAAAGAUAAAGAGGAGAAACAGAGGCAAAAGAAGUUAAAAGCAAUGGCAAGAGAGGCUCAUGCAAGAUUUUGUAACCCCAGUAGUGAUGCUUUAACGAUUGCGUACGCAUUGUGGUUGUUUGAGCUUGAAGCAAACCCGGUCAUAUUCUGCAGAGAUAACUCACUCCAUCUGAAAACAAUGGAAGAGAUGUCCAAAUUGAGGAAACAACUGCUACAGCUUGUAUUCCACCAGAGCAAGUUCAGUGAAGAGUUCUCAUGGAAUCAUGGAACUCCUGGAGAUGUGGAACUGUCUUGGAGGACUCACUCUGAAAAGCAGCCUUUACUGAUGACCGAAGAAGAGCUCAUAGGACAGUCUAUAUGUGCUGGUUGGGCAGAUAGAGUUGCAAAGCGCAUACGAACUGUUAAAAAAUCAUUAGAAAGUGAUACAAAAGUCCGUUCUGUUCGAUAUCAGUCUAGCGUUAUGGAAGAUAUGGUAUAUCUGCACCGCCGGUCUUCUGUUUCUCAAGCAGCACCAGAGUUUCUGGUUUAUACUGAACUUCUUCAGAUGAAAAGACCAUAUAUAUAUGGAGUGACUACUAUCAAGUCUGAUUGGCUUGUCAAAUAUGCCAGUCCUCUUUGCACUUUCUCAGCACCUCUUACGGAUCCAAAACCUUAUUAUGAACCUCUAGGUGAUCGAGUCUUAUGCUGGGUAAGUCCUGCAUUUGGCAGACAUAACUGGCAGCUCCCAUUGCAUAGUAUACCAAUCAAGAAUGACAUUCUUCGACUGUCUGUAUUUGCUUCAGCAUUGCUAGAAGGGAAUGUAUUGCCAUGCCUAAGAUCGGUUCAAAACCUCUUGGCUGCACCACCAUCUAGCAUGCUGAGGCCUGAGGCAUUGGGCCAAAGAAGAGUUGGGGAUCUUCUGAACAGAUUGAAGGUUGGAUCAAAAAUAAUUGAUAGCCGAGCUAGGUUGCGAGAUGCCUGGAGCAAGAAUCCUCAGUUCUUGCGCUCAGAGAUUCAGCAGUGGUUCCAGGAGAGGUUUCAUAACAAGUUUGGAGAACUUUGGGAACUGAUGCACAUUGAGGUUCAUCAUGAAGGACAUGAACUUUUCCCUAAAAGGGCCAAGAAAGAAAGGAAGAUGAAAUGAUGCAGAUUUUACCUGUCCAUGGCAUCCAUAGUAUCUGAAAAAUGCAGGCUUGAAUGAGCAGAGAUUGUUACCUUAAGGUAUACAUGGUUUUCACUACAAUGAUAACACUCGCUGGGUACUGAAUUUGUAGGAUUGACAAAGUCUCGUAAGAGGCAUUGCUGGUUAUUGGCUUGUCUUGUUUCCCAAGGAAAAAGCACAACUCUUCUGUCGAUAAUGCUUAACUUUGUGGCAAAGUUAUUCAGCUUGUCUUGUUGAUGUUGUUUUCCUUAUUCUGUGAUGCAGUUCUGCAGAUCGACUCACCAAAGGCCCAUUGUCUUGUUGCCAUAUGGCGCAUGAAGUCAGUCCCAUAUCUGUCGCACCAGCAUCUUAAACUCACAGCUCAAGCUGGAUUUAUGCGGGACGGUUGACCCACCACAGCAACAAUCCAUGAGACAUGGGUUGGUGGGGUUUGAUGAGCAAUACCUGAAAUUUGGGUUGGUGGGGUUUGAUGAGCAAUACCUGAAAUUUGAGGAUCAGCUUAUCGUUAUUCUUGUUUUCUAAGUUAUCUUUACCAAUUCUUCCAAUUUUCUUUUUAGCAAUGGAUUGUAAGGGUAUCAUUUUUGUGAAUCCACACAAAGUGAAAGAGUUCAGCGUUGUACUUUUUAGUUGUAUUUAAAGUAUCACAUAAGAAGAAAGACAGCAAUCCUAGUGGAGCAGAAGCGAAGGUUUUGUUUUGUUUUGUUUUUUUUUUUUGUGUCGUUGAUGAGACAGCCUAAUGGUUAAGGCAUAGAUUAUUAGAAGCUCAAGUCGUGUAUGUAGUGGUUGAACUAAGGAAGUAAAACGAGAGAAAUUCCUCAA